AGUUGACUGGGAUUCAGUUACAGCUAUACUGUGAAGAGAACCAGUGGAUGGCCUCACUACAACGUCGCUCGCAUUCACUUCGAGGUCCAGCAUAUAUGCUAUCAUUUUCUCUCCUCUACGAGUUUUACAUCCCUCAUCUGCAUCGACUGCCUCUAACGGCGGCAAAGAAAAAUACACAAUCUACUACAACACAAACCCGGCCCAAGAUGUCCCAACUAACCCCCCAAACCCACACCCACUGCUCCGCCUGCGAAGCCACUGCCGCACAGUGGACCCGAGUAAACGCCUGCACCCAUUCCAACCUCGGGUUGAGCUCCCCAGGCAAACCAUACCCCAUCCCCCCGACCUUAGGCACAGAGAGCCAUCCCUACGCGCGACAGAUCGGAGAAACCCAGUUCAUGACUGCUCCCGAACCAGAGGUUCAGGUCACACAGAACAAAGUCUGGAUACAGCCCGAGUACGACGUCGUGGUAAAGAAGGAUGUCGACAUGGAUUAUAUCAAGGAGUUGAUUGCCAAUAUUGUCCUUCCUGGUUCGAAAUCAGAGGAUGAAGGUCCAAUGCCUCCAAGACCUACUAUUCCGACGCUGUCGGGUGUGCCUCCGAAUUAUUGCGUCUUGAAUUUGAAAGUGGAAGAUGCUAUUCCACCCCCGAGACCGAAUGUGCCGGGUAGGCCUCCGAGGAAAAGCUUUUCUGGUGUGGAAAUGGUGGAUGCUAUUCCACCUCCAAGGCCGUAUGUGCCAACGCCGCCAUAUGAACUUCUUUCUGGCUUUCAAACCGAGGAUGCUUUUCCAACUCCAAGGCCGAAUGUGCCGUUGCCGCCGGAUGCGCCUCCGAACCAAGGCCUCUCUGGUUUCCAACCCGAGGAUGCUUUUCCACCUCCAAGGCCUUAUGUCCCGUUACCACCGGAUGCGCCUCCGAAUCAGUGAUUUGGGUCUUGGACUGGGUUGUUGUAUAAUAGUGGAGGUCUUGGUGUUGAUGCCGGUGCCGUUUGCAGAAGUUCGGGGGUUGCUGGGCUCUGUUGCGAUGGUUUAAGUCUUUUCGGUCUUCUGGACAGAUGUAUAAUAGGAAUAUGACUAGCAAAUAUAACGUUGAUUUAUCAUAUGCAGCCAACCAUGCUCGUGCCGUCUAUGUCUAUAAUCUAUCAUCCACAAUCUAUACUCCCGCCCCCUUCCUCUUCCAAAUCCUCCACCAACAAUGCACCCUAACCCUCUCCCCAUUAACUUCCCA